AUGAACCCAGAGUCAACUCAGGGGCAUGAGCGAAUGGAUGGAAGCAUGGGGACACAGGGGCAUGAGCGAAUGGAUGGAAGCAUGGGGACACAGGGGCAUGAGCGAAUGGAUGGAAGCAUGGGGACACAGGGGCAUGAGCGAAUGGAUGGAAGCAUGGGGACACAGGGGCAUGAGCGAAUGGAUGGAAGCAUGGGGACACAGGGGCAUGAGCGAAUGGAUGGAAGCAUGGGGACACAGGGGCAUGAGCGAAUGGAUGGAAGCAUGGGGACACAGGGGCAUGAGCGAAUGGAUGGAAGCAUGGGGACACAGGGGCAUGAGCGAAUGGAUGGAAGCAUGGGGACACAGGGGCAUGAGCGAAUGGAUGGAAGCAUGGGGACACAGGGGCAUGAGCGAAUGGAUGGAAGCAUGGGGACACAGGGGCAUGAGCGAAUGGAUGGAAGCAUGGGGACACAGGGGCAUGAGCGAAUGGAUGGAAGCAUGGGGACACAGGGGCAUGAGCGAAUGGAUGGAAGCAUGGGGACACAGGGGCAUGAGCGAAUGGAUGGAAGCAUGGGGACACAGGGGCAUGAGCGAAUGGAUGGAAGCAUGGGGACACAGGGGCAUGAGCGAAUGGAUGGAAGCAUGGGGACACAGGGGCAUGAGCGAAUGGAUGGAAGCAUGGGGACACAGGGGCAUGAGCGAAUGGAUGGAAGCAUGGGGACACAGGGGCAUGAGCGAAUGGAUGGAAGCAUGGGGACACAGGGGCAUGAGCGAAUGGAUGGAAGCAUGGGGACACAGGGGCAUGAGCGAAUGGAUGGAAGCAUGGGGACACAGGGGCAUGAGCGAAUGGAUGGAAGCAUGGGGACACAGGGGCAUGAGCGAAUGGAUGGAAGCAUGGGGACACAGGGGCAUGAGCGAAUGGAUGGAAGCAUGGGGACACAGGGGCAUGAGCGAAUGGAUGGAAGCAUGGGGACACAGGGGCAUGAGCGAAUGGAUGGAAGCAUGGGGACACAGGGGCAUGAGCGAAUGGAUGGAAGCAUGGGGACACAGGGGCAUGAGCGAAUGGAUGGAAGCAUGGGGACACAGGGGCAUGAGCGAAUGGAUGGAAGCAUGGGGACACAGGGGCAUGAGCGAAUGGAUGGAAGCAUGGGGACACAGGGGCAUGAGCGAAUGGAUGGAAGCAUGGGGACACAGGGGCAUGAGCGAAUGGAUGGAAGCAUGGGGACACAGGGGCAUGAGCGAAUGGAUGGAAGCAUGGGGACACAGGGGCAUGAGCGAAUGGAUGGAAGCAUGGGGACACAGGGGCAUGAGCGAAUGGAUGGAAGCAUGGGGACACAGGGGCAUGAGCGAAUGGAUGGAAGCAUGGGGACACAGGGGCAUGAGCGAAUGGAUGGAAGCAUGGGGACACAGGGGCAUGAGCGAAUGGAUGGAAGCAUGGGGACACAGGGGCAUGAGCGAAUGGAUGGAAGCAUGGGGACACAGGGGCAUGAGCGAAUGGAUGGAAGCAUGGGGACACAGGGGCAUGAGCGAAUGGAUGGAAGCAUGGGGACACAGGGGCAUGAGCGAAUGGAUGGAAGCAUGGGGACACAGGGGCAUGAGCGAAUGGAUGGAAGCAUGGGGACACAGGGGCAUGAGCGAAUGGAUGGAAGCAUGGGGACACAGGGGCAUGAGCGAAUGGAUGGAAGCAUGGGGACACAGGGGCAUGAGCGAAUGGAUGGAAGCAUGGGGACACAGGGGCAUGAGCGAAUGGAUGGAAGCAUGGGGACACAGGGGCAUGAGCGAAUGGAUGGAAGCAUGGGGACACAGGGGCAUGAGCGAAUGGAUGGAAGCAUGGGGACACAGGGGCAUGAGCGAAUGGAUGGAAGCAUGGGGACACAGGGGCAUGAGCGAAUGGAUGGAAGCAUGGGGACACAGGGGCAUGAGCGAAUGGAUGGAAGCAUGGGGACACAGGGGCAUGAGCGAAUGGAUGGAAGCAUGGGGACACAGGGGCAUGAGCGAAUGGAUGGAAGCAUGGGGACACAGGGGCAUGAGCGAAUGGAUGGAAGCAUGGGGACACAGGGGCAUGAGCGAAUGGAUGGAAGCAUGGGGACACAGGGGCAUGAGCGAAUGGAUGGAAGCAUGGGGACACAGGGGCAUGAGCGAAUGGAUGGAAGCAUGGGGACACAGGGGCAUGAGCGAAUGGAUGGAAGCAUGGGGACACAGGGGCAUGAGCGAAUGGAUGGAAGCAUGGGGACACAGGGGCAUGAGCGAAUGGAUGGAAGCAUGGGGACACAGGGGCAUGAGCGAAUGGAUGGAAGCAUGGGGACACAGGGGCAUGAGCGAAUGGAUGGAAGCAUGGGGACACAGGGGCAUGAGCGAAUGGAUGGAAGCAUGGGGACACAGGGGCAUGAGCGAAUGGAUGGAAGCAUGGGGACACAGGGGCAUGAGCGAAUGGAUGGAAGCAUGGGGACACAGGGGCAUGAGCGAAUGGAUGGAAGCAUGGGGACACAGGGGCAUGAGCGAAUGGAUGGAAGCAUGGGGACACAGGGGCAUGAGCGAAUGGAUGGAAGCAUGGGGACACAGGGGCAUGAGCGAAUGGAUGGAAGCAUGGGGACACAGGGGCAUGAGCGAAUGGAUGGAAGCAUGGGGACACAGGGGCAUGAGCGAAUGGAUGGAAGCAUGGGGACACAGGGGCAUGAGCGAAUGGAUGGAAGCAUGGGGACACAGGGGCAUGAGCGAAUGGAUGGAAGCAUGGGGACACAGGGGCAUGAGCGAAUGGAUGGAAGCAUGGGGACACAGGGGCAUGAGCGAAUGGAUGGAAGCAUGGGGACACAGGGGCAUGAGCGAAUGGAUGGAAGCAUGGGGACACAGGGGCAUGAGCGAAUGGAUGGAAGCAUGGGGACACAGGGGCAUGAGCGAAUGGAUGGAAGCAUGGGGACACAGGGGCAUGAGCGAAUGGAUGGAAGCAUGGGGACACAGGGGCAUGAGCGAAUGGAUGGAAGCAUGGGGACACAGGGGCAUGAGCGAAUGGAUGGAAGCAUGGGGACACAGGGGCAUGAGCGAAUGGAUGGAAGCAUGGGGACACAGGGGCAUGAGCGAAUGGAUGGAAGCAUGGGGACACAGGGGCAUGAGCGAAUGGAUGGAAGCAUGGGGACACAGGGGCAUGAGCGAAUGGAUGGAAGCAUGGGGACACAGGGGCAUGAGCGAAUGGAUGGAAGCAUGGGGACACAGGGGCAUGAGCGAAUGGAUGGAAGCAUGGGGACACAGGGGCAUGAGCGAAUGGAUGGAAGCAUGGGGACACAGGGGCAUGAGCGAAUGGAUGGAAGCAUGGGGACACAGGGGCAUGAGCGAAUGGAUGGAAGCAUGGGGACACAGGGGCAUGAGCGAAUGGAUGGAAGCAUGGGGACACAGGGGCAUGAGCGAAUGGAUGGAAGCAUGGGGACACAGGGGCAUGAGCGAAUGGAUGGAAGCAUGGGGACACAGGGGCAUGAGCGAAUGGAUGGAAGCAUGGGGACACAGGGGCAUGAGCGAAUGGAUGGAAGCAUGGGGACACAGGGGCAUGAGCGAAUGGAUGGAAGCAUGGGGACACAGGGGCAUGAGCGAAUGGAUGGAAGCAUGGGGACACAGGGGCAUGAGCGAAUGGAUGGAAGCAUGGGGACACAGGGGCAUGAGCGAAUGGAUGGAAGCAUGGGGACACAGGGGCAUGAGCGAAUGGAUGGAAGCAUGGGGACACAGGGGCAUGAGCGAAUGGAUGGAAGCAUGGGGACACAGGGGCAUGAGCGAAUGGAUGGAAGCAUGGGGACACAGGGGCAUGAGCGAAUGGAUGGAAGCAUGGGGACACAGGGGCAUGAGCGAAUGGAUGGAAGCAUGGGGACACAGGGGCAUGAGCGAAUGGAUGGAAGCAUGGGGACACAGGGGCAUGAGCGAAUGGAUGGAAGCAUGGGGACACAGGGGCAUGAGCGAAUGGAUGGAAGCAUGGGGACACAGGGGCAUGAGCGAAUGGAUGGAAGCAUGGGGACACAGGGGCAUGAGCGAAUGGAUGGAAGCAUGGGGACACAGGGGCAUGAGCGAAUGGAUGGAAGCAUGGGGACACAGGGGCAUGAGCGAAUGGAUGGAAGCAUGGGGACACAGGGGCAUGAGCGAAUGGAUGGAAGCAUGGGGACACAGGGGCAUGAGCGAAUGGAUGGAAGCAUGGGGACACAGGGGCAUGAGCGAAUGGAUGGAAGCAUGGGGACACAGGGGCAUGAGCGAAUGGAUGGAAGCAUGGGGACACAGGGGCAUGAGCGAAUGGAUGGAAGCAUGGGGACACAGGGGCAUGAGCGAAUGGAUGGAAGCAUGGGGACACAGGGGCAUGAGCGAAUGGAUGGAAGCAUGGGGACACAGGGGCAUGAGCGAAUGGAUGGAAGCAUGGGGACACAGGGGCAUGAGCGAAUGGAUGGAAGCAUGGGGACACAGGGGCAUGAGCGAAUGGAUGGAAGCAUGGGGACACAGGGGCAUGAGCGAAUGGAUGGAAGCAUGGGGACACAGGGGCAUGAGCGAAUGGAUGGAAGCAUGGGGACACAGGGGCAUGAGCGAAUGGAUGGAAGCAUGGGGACACAGGGGCAUGAGCGAAUGGAUGGAAGCAUGGGGACACAGGGGCAUGAGCGAAUGGAUGGAAGCAUGGGGACACAGGGGCAUGAGCGAAUGGAUGGAAGCAUGGGGACACAGGGGCAUGAGCGAAUGGAUGGAAGCAUGGGGACACAGGGGCAUGAGCGAAUGGAUGGAAGCAUGGGGACACAGGGGCAUGAGCGAAUGGAUGGAAGCAUGGGGACACAGGGGCAUGAGCGAAUGGAUGGAAGCAUGGGGACACAGGGGCAUGAGCGAAUGGAUGGAAGCAUGGGGACACAGGGGCAUGAGCGAAUGGAUGGAAGCAUGGGGACACAGGGGCAUGAGCGAAUGGAUGGAAGCAUGGGGACACAGGGGCAUGAGCGAAUGGAUGGAAGCAUGGGGACACAGGGGCAUGAGCGAAUGGAUGGAAGCAUGGGGACACAGGGGCAUGAGCGAAUGGAUGGAAGCAUGGGGACACAGGGGCAUGAGCGAAUGGAUGGAAGCAUGGGGACACAGGGGCAUGAGCGAAUGGAUGGAAGCAUGGGGACACAGGGGCAUGAGCGAAUGGAUGGAAGCAUGGGGACACAGGGGCAUGAGCGAAUGGAUGGAAGCAUGGGGACACAGGGGCAUGAGCGAAUGGAUGGAAGCAUGGGGACACAGGGGCAUGAGCGAAUGGAUGGAAGCAUGGGGACACAGGGGCAUGAGCGAAUGGAUGGAAGCAUGGGGACACAGGGGCAUGAGCGAAUGGAUGGAAGCAUGGGGACACAGGGGCAUGAGCGAAUGGAUGGAAGCAUGGGGACACAGGGGCAUGAGCGAAUGGAUGGAAGCAUGGGGACACAGGGGCAUGAGCGAAUGGAUGGAAGCAUGGGGACACAGGGGCAUGAGCGAAUGGAUGGAAGCAUGGGGACACAGGGGCAUGAGCGAAUGGAUGGAAGCAUGGGGACACAGGGGCAUGAGCGAAUGGAUGGAAGCAUGGGGACACAGGGGCAUGAGCGAAUGGAUGGAAGCAUGGGGACACAGGGGCAUGAGCGAAUGGAUGGAAGCAUGGGGACACAGGGGCAUGAGCGAAUGGAUGGAAGCAUGGGGACACAGGGGCAUGAGCGAAUGGAUGGAAGCAUGGGGACACAGGGGCAUGAGCGAAUGGAUGGAAGCAUGGGGACACAGGGGCAUGAGCGAAUGGAUGGAAGCAUGGGGACACAGGGGCAUGAGCGAAUGGAUGGAAGCAUGGGGACACAGGGGCAUGAGCGAAUGGAUGGAAGCAUGGGGACACAGGGGCAUGAGCGAAUGGAUGGAAGCAUGGGGACACAGGGGCAUGAGCGAAUGGAUGGAAGCAUGGGGACACAGGGGCAUGAGCGAAUGGAUGGAAGCAUGGGGACACAGGGGCAUGAGCGAAUGGAUGGAAGCAUGGGGACACAGGGGCAUGAGCGAAUGGAUGGAAGCAUGGGGACACAGGGGCAUGAGCGAAUGGAUGGAAGCAUGGGGACACAGGGGCAUGAGCGAAUGGAUGGAAGCAUGGGGACACAGGGGCAUGAGCGAAUGGAUGGAAGCAUGGGGACACAGGGGCAUGAGCGAAUGGAUGGAAGCAUGGGGACACAGGGGCAUGAGCGAAUGGAUGGAAGCAUGGGGACACAGGGGCAUGAGCGAAUGGAUGGAAGCAUGGGGACACAGGGGCAUGAGCGAAUGGAUGGAAGCAUGGGGACACAGGGGCAUGAGCGAAUGGAUGGAAGCAUGGGGACACAGGGGCAUGAGCGAAUGGAUGGAAGCAUGGGGACACAGGGGCAUGAGCGAAUGGAUGGAAGCAUGGGGACACAGGGGCAUGAGCGAAUGGAUGGAAGCAUGGGGACACAGGGGCAUGAGCGAAUGGAUGGAAGCAUGGGGACACAGGGGCAUGAGCGAAUGGAUGGAAGCAUGGGGACACAGGGGCAUGAGCGAAUGGAUGGAAGCAUGGGGACACAGGGGCAUGAGCGAAUGGAUGGAAGCAUGGGGACACAGGGGCAUGAGCGAAUGGAUGGAAGCAUGGGGACACAGGGGCAUGAGCGAAUGGAUGGAAGCAUGGGGACACAGGGGCAUGAGCGAAUGGAUGGAAGCAUGGGGACACAGGGGCAUGAGCGAAUGGAUGGAAGCAUGGGGACACAGGGGCAUGAGCGAAUGGAUGGAAGCAUGGGGACACAGGGGCAUGAGCGAAUGGAUGGAAGCAUGGGGACACAGGGGCAUGAGCGAAUGGAUGGAAGCAUGGGGACACAGGGGCAUGAGCGAAUGGAUGGAAGCAUGGGGACACAGGGGCAUGAGCGAAUGGAUGGAAGCAUGGGGACACAGGGGCAUGAGCGAAUGGAUGGAAGCAUGGGGACACAGGGGCAUGAGCGAAUGGAUGGAAGCAUGGGGACACAGGGGCAUGAGCGAAUGGAUGGAAGCAUGGGGACACAGGGGCAUGAGCGAAUGGAUGGAAGCAUGGGGACACAGGGGCAUGAGCGAAUGGAUGGAAGCAUGGGGACACAGGGGCAUGAGCGAAUGGAUGGAAGCAUGGGGACACAGGGGCAUGAGCGAAUGGAUGGAAGCAUGGGGACACAGGGGCAUGAGCGAAUGGAUGGAAGCAUGGGGACACAGGGGCAUGAGCGAAUGGAUGGAAGCAUGGGGACACAGGGGCAUGAGCGAAUGGAUGGAAGCAUGGGGACACAGGGGCAUGAGCGAAUGGAUGGAAGCAUGGGGACACAGGGGCAUGAGCGAAUGGAUGGAAGCAUGGGGACACAGGGGCAUGAGCGAAUGGAUGGAAGCAUGGGGACACAGGGGCAUGAGCGAAUGGAUGGAAGCAUGGGGACACAGGGGCAUGAGCGAAUGGAUGGAAGCAUGGGGACACAGGGGCAUGAGCGAAUGGAUGGAAGCAUGGGGACACAGGGGCAUGAGCGAAUGGAUGGAAGCAUGGGGACACAGGGGCAUGAGCGAAUGGAUGGAAGCAUGGGGACACAGGGGCAUGAGCGAAUGGAUGGAAGCAUGGGGACACAGGGGCAUGAGCGAAUGGAUGGAAGCAUGGGGACACAGGGGCAUGAGCGAAUGGAUGGAAGCAUGGGGACACAGGGGCAUGAGCGAAUGGAUGGAAGCAUGGGGACACAGGGGCAUGAGCGAAUGGAUGGAAGCAUGGGGACACAGGGGCAUGAGCGAAUGGAUGGAAGCAUGGGGACACAGGGGCAUGAGCGAAUGGAUGGAAGCAUGGGGACACAGGGGCAUGAGCGAAUGGAUGGAAGCAUGGGGACACAGGGGCAUGAGCGAAUGGAUGGAAGCAUGGGGACACAGGGGCAUGAGCGAAUGGAUGGAAGCAUGGGGACACAGGGGCAUGAGCGAAUGGAUGGAAGCAUGGGGACACAGGGGCAUGAGCGAAUGGAUGGAAGCAUGGGGACACAGGGGCAUGAGCGAAUGGAUGGAAGCAUGGGGACACAGGGGCAUGAGCGAAUGGAUGGAAGCAUGGGGACACAGGGGCAUGAGCGAAUGGAUGGAAGCAUGGGGACACAGGGGCAUGAGCGAAUGGAUGGAAGCAUGGGGACACAGGGGCAUGAGCGAAUGGAUGGAAGCAUGGGGACACAGGGGCAUGAGCGAAUGGAUGGAAGCAUGGGGACACAGGGGCAUGAGCGAAUGGAUGGAAGCAUGGGGACACAGGGGCAUGAGCGAAUGGAUGGAAGCAUGGGGACACAGGGGCAUGAGCGAAUGGAUGGAAGCAUGGGGACACAGGGGCAUGAGCGAAUGGAUGGAAGCAUGGGGACACAGGGGCAUGAGCGAAUGGAUGGAAGCAUGGGGACACAGGGGCAUGAGCGAAUGGAUGGAAGCAUGGGGACACAGGGGCAUGAGCGAAUGGAUGGAAGCAUGGGGACACAGGGGCAUGAGCGAAUGGAUGGAAGCAUGGGGACACAGGGGCAUGAGCGAAUGGAUGGAAGCAUGGGGACACAGGGGCAUGAGCGAAUGGAUGGAAGCAUGGGGACACAGGGGCAUGAGCGAAUGGAUGGAAGCAUGGGGACACAGGGGCAUGAGCGAAUGGAUGGAAGCAUGGGGACACAGGGGCAUGAGCGAAUGGAUGGAAGCAUGGGGACACAGGGGCAUGAGCGAAUGGAUGGAAGCAUGGGGACACAGGGGCAUGAGCGAAUGGAUGGAAGCAUGGGGACACAGGGGCAUGAGCGAAUGGAUGGAAGCAUGGGGACACAGGGGCAUGAGCGAAUGGAUGGAAGCAUGGGGACACAGGGGCAUGAGCGAAUGGAUGGAAGCAUGGGGACACAGGGGCAUGAGCGAAUGGAUGGAAGCAUGGGGACACAGGGGCAUGAGCGAAUGGAUGGAAGCAUGGGGACACAGGGGCAUGAGCGAAUGGAUGGAAGCAUGGGGACACAGGGGCAUGAGCGAAUGGAUGGAAGCAUGGGGACACAGGGGCAUGAGCGAAUGGAUGGAAGCAUGGGGACACAGGGGCAUGAGCGAAUGGAUGGAAGCAUGGGGACACAGGGGCAUGAGCGAAUGGAUGGAAGCAUGGGGACACAGGGGCAUGAGCGAAUGGAUGGAAGCAUGGGACACAGGGGCAUGAGCGAAUGGAUGGAAGCAUGGGGACACAGGGGCAUGAGCGAAUGGAUGGAAGCAUGGGGACACAGGGGCAUGAGCGAAUGGAUGGAAGCAUGGGGACACAGGGGCAUGAGCGAAUGGAUGGAAGCAUGGGGACACAGGGGCAUGAGCGAAUGGAUGGAAGCAUGGGGACACAGGGGCAUGAGCGAAUGGAUGGAAGCAUGGGGACACAGGGGCAUGAGCGAAUGGAUGGAAGCAUGGGGACACAGGGGCAUGAGCGAAUGGAUGGAAGCAUGGGGACACAGGGGCAUGAGCGAAUGGAUGGAAGCAUGGGGACACAGGGGCAUGAGCGAAUGGAUGGAAGCAUGGGGACACAGGGGCAUGAGCGAAUGGAUGGAAGCAUGGGGACACAGGGGCAUGAGCGAAUGGAUGGAAGCAUGGGGACACAGGGGCAUGAGCGAAUGGAUGGAAGCAUGGGGACACAGGGGCAUGAGCGAAUGGAUGGAAGCAUGGGGACACAGGGGCAUGAGCGAAUGGAUGGAAGCAUGGGGACACAGGGGCAUGAGCGAAUGGAUGGAAGCAUGGGGACACAGGGGCAUGAGCGAAUGGAUGGAAGCAUGGGGACACAGGGGCAUGAGCGAAUGGAUGGAAGCAUGGGGACACAGGGGCAUGAGCGAAUGGAUGGAAGCAUGGGGACACAGGGGCAUGAGCGAAUGGAUGGAAGCAUGGGGACACAGGGGCAUGAGCGAAUGGAUGGAAGCAUGGGGACACAGGGGCAUGAGCGAAUGGAUGGAAGCAUGGGGACACAGGGGCAUGAGCGAAUGGAUGGAAGCAUGGGGACACAGGGGCAUGAGCGAAUGGAUGGAAGCAUGGGGACACAGGGGCAUGAGCGAAUGGAUGGAAGCAUGGGGACACAGGGGCAUGAGCGAAUGGAUGGAAGCAUGGGGACACAGGGGCAUGAGCGAAUGGAUGGAAGCAUGGGGACACAGGGGCAUGAGCGAAUGGAUGGAAGCAUGGGGACACAGGGGCAUGAGCGAAUGGAUGGAAGCAUGGGGACACAGGGGCAUGAGCGAAUGGAUGGAAGCAUGGGGACACAGGGGCAUGAGCGAAUGGAUGGAAGCAUGGGGACACAGGGGCAUGAGCGAAUGGAUGGAAGCAUGGGGACACAGGGGCAUGAGCGAAUGGAUGGAAGCAUGGGGACACAGGGGCAUGAGCGAAUGGAUGGAAGCAUGGGGACACAGGGGCAUGAGCGAAUGGAUGGAAGCAUGGGGACACAGGGGCAUGAGCGAAUGGAUGGAAGCAUGGGGACACAGGGGCAUGAGCGAAUGGAUGGAAGCAUGGGGACACAGGGGCAUGAGCGAAUGGAUGGAAGCAUGGGGACACAGGGGCAUGAGCGAAUGGAUGGAAGCAUGGGGACACAGGGGCAUGAGCGAAUGGAUGGAAGCAUGGGGACACAGGGGCAUGAGCGAAUGGAUGGAAGCAUGGGGACACAGGGGCAUGAGCGAAUGGAUGGAAGCAUGGGGACACAGGGGCAUGAGCGAAUGGAUGGAAGCAUGGGGACACAGGGGCAUGAGCGAAUGGAUGGAAGCAUGGGGACACAGGGGCAUGAGCGAAUGGAUGGAAGCAUGGGGACACAGGGGCAUGAGCGAAUGGAUGGAAGCAUGGGGACACAGGGGCAUGAGCGAAUGGAUGGAAGCAUGGGGACACAGGGGCAUGAGCGAAUGGAUGGAAGCAUGGGGACACAGGGGCAUGAGCGAAUGGAUGGAAGCAUGGGGACACAGGGGCAUGAGCGAAUGGAUGGAAGCAUGGGGACACAGGGGCAUGAGCGAAUGGAUGGAAGCAUGGGGACACAGGGGCAUGAGCGAAUGGAUGGAAGCAUGGGGACACAGGGGCAUGAGCGAAUGGAUGGAAGCAUGGGGACACAGGGGCAUGAGCGAAUGGAUGGAAGCAUGGGGACACAGGGGCAUGAGCGAAUGGAUGGAAGCAUGGGGACACAGGGGCAUGAGCGAAUGGAUGGAAGCAUGGGGACACAGGGGCAUGAGCGAAUGGAUGGAAGCAUGGGGACACAGGGGCAUGAGCGAAUGGAUGGAAGCAUGGGGACACAGGGGCAUGAGCGAAUGGAUGGAAGCAUGGGGACACAGGGGCAUGAGCGAAUGGAUGGAAGCAUGGGGACACAGGGGCAUGAGCGAAUGGAUGGAAGCAUGGGGACACAGGGGCAUGAGCGAAUGGAUGGAAGCAUGGGGACACAGGGGCAUGAGCGAAUGGAUGGAAGCAUGGGGACACAGGGGCAUGAGCGAAUGGAUGGAAGCAUGGGGACACAGGGGCAUGAGCGAAUGGAUGGAAGCAUGGGGACACAGGGGCAUGAGCGAAUGGAUGGAAGCAUGGGGACACAGGGGCAUGAGCGAAUGGAUGGAAGCAUGGGGACACAGGGGCAUGAGCGAAUGGAUGGAAGCAUGGGGACACAGGGGCAUGAGCGAAUGGAUGGAAGCAUGGGGACACAGGGGCAUGAGCGAAUGGAUGGGAAGCAUGGGGACACAGGGGCAUGAGCGAAUGGAUGGAAGCAUGGGGACACAGGGGCAUGAGCGAAUGGAUGGAAGCAUGGGGACACAGGGGCAUGAGCGAAUGGAUGGAAGCAUGGGGACACAGGGGCAUGAGCGAAUGGAUGGAAGCAUGGGGACACAGGGGCAUGAGCGAAUGGAUGGAAGCAUGGGGACACAGGGGCAUGAGCGAAUGGAUGGAAGCAUGGGGACACAGGGGCAUGAGCGAAUGGAUGGAAGCAUGGGGACACAGGGGCAUGAGCGAAUGGAUGGAAGCAUGGGGACACAGGGGCAUGAGCGAAUGGAUGGAAGCAUGGGGACACAGGGGCAUGAGCGAAUGGAUGGAAGCAUGGGGACACAGGGGCAUGAGCGAAUGGAUGGAAGCAUGGGGACACAGGGGCAUGAGCGAAUGGAUGGAAGCAUGGGGACACAGGGGCAUGAGCGAAUGGAUGGAAGCAUGGGGACACAGGGGCAUGAGCGAAUGGAUGGAAGCAUGGGGACACAGGGGCAUGAGCGAAUGGAUGGAAGCAUGGGGACACAGGGGCAUGAGCGAAUGGAUGGAAGCAUGGGGACACAGGGGCAUGAGCGAAUGGAUGGAAGCAUGGGGACACAGGGGCAUGAGCGAAUGGAUGGAAGCAUGGGGACACAGGGGCAUGAGCGAAUGGAUGGAAGCAUGGGGACACAGGGGCAUGAGCGAAUGGAUGGAAGCAUGGGGACACAGGGGCAUGAGCGAAUGGAUGGAAGCAUGGGGACACAGGGGCAUGAGCGAAUGGAUGGAAGCAUGGGGACACAGGGGCAUGAGCGAAUGGAUGGAAGCAUGGGGACACAGGGGCAUGAGCGAAUGGAUGGAAGCAUGGGGACACAGGGGCAUGAGCGAAUGGAUGGAAGCAUGGGGACACAGGGGCAUGAGCGAAUGGAUGGAAGCAUGGGGACACAGGGGCAUGAGCGAAUGGAUGGAAGCAUGGGGACACAGGGGCAUGAGCGAAUGGAUGGAAGCAUGGGGACACAGGGGCAUGAGCGAAUGGAUGGAAGCAUGGGGACACAGGGGCAUGAGCGAAUGGAUGGAAGCAUGGGGACACAGGGGCAUGAGCGAAUGGAUGGAAGCAUGGGGACACAGGGGCAUGAGCGAAUGGAUGGAAGCAUGGGGACACAGGGGCAUGAGCGAAUGGAUGGAAGCAUGGGGACACAGGGGCAUGAGCGAAUGGAUGGAAGCAUGGGGACACAGGGGCAUGAGCGAAUGGAUGGAAGCAUGGGGACACAGGGGCAUGAGCGAAUGGAUGGAAGCAUGGGGACACAGGGGCAUGAGCGAAUGGAUGGAAGCAUGGGGACACAGGGGCUGAGCGAAUGGAUGAAGCAUGGGGACACAGGGCAUGAGCGAAUGGAUGGAAGCAUGGGGACACAGGGGCAUGAGCGAAUGGAUGGAAGCAUGGGGGACACAGGGGCAUGA